AAGACAUUGAGGUUGGAUCUAGCCCUUGGGGACCCAACAUUGCCUCAUGACUCUUGCUGCCAGCAUCCUGUUGCUUUGGUUGCUCUCCAGAUCAAGAGAAAAAUAUGUUCAAAGUGAGAUCCUCCUUCCUGCUCCCAAAAUCUCCUUGAUUCCCAGUUGGGGAGUCUUGCCUAGAGGAAAUGUCACCAUCCUCUGUGAGGCACCCAUCACCGAAGGGCUGACUUUCUACCUGAAAAAAGAUCAUCAGAUGAUAGCCAGUCCAAGACCAGGAGACAAAGGAUCGGCUCAUUUCCCCAUCAUUAACGCAAGCUUAAAGGAUGGAGGAAUGUACACCUGUUUCUAUUACAAUUCAAGCAAGUCUAGUUCAGAAUGCAGUGAACCACUGGAGUUGCUGAUAACAGAUCUCGAGCUACCAAAGCCAAAUAUCAUCCUUUAUCCAAAGAAGCUGAUUUACCUGGGAAGUAAUGUGUCUAUUCAGUGCUCAUUCAAAGGCGCAACCCAACGUCCAAUCCAGAGGUUCUAUCUCCAUACUGAUGCAGAUAAGAUGAAACCAGAUUCUGUGAAACCAGAUGGAGACACGGCUACAUUUAACAUCAGAGAAGUGCAAACGCACCAUGCAGGCAAAUAUAGCUGCAGCUACAGAGCACCAUCGGGGGAUUUUAUCUCCUCCAAGUUCAGCGAUGAUUUGGAGUUGUUUGUCAUAGAUCCCUACUUUCCUAGACCCAUUAUCUCUCUGGGCCCCACUGAGCUGGUUGCUUUUGGGGGAAAUGUCACUUUCCAAUGUCAAAGCAAAAGCUUUCCCAUGAGGUUCUAUCUCCAAAAGUCUGGAGAAGAGAUGCUUCAGCCAUGCUUGGGGACUGGUGAGGCCACAGCUCAAUGCUUCAUCUCCAACGUAGACCAGGCGCAUACAGGAGAAUAUAGCUGCAGGUACAGCGAGUCAAAACCUUUCAUCAUCUCAAAGACUAGUGAACUUGUGAGAUUGCUAAUGACAGAUCAGAACAUAGCCCGACCCAAUAUCUCCCUGAUCCCAGGCUACAUUGCACAACUGGGAAGCAAAGUCACCAUUCAGUGCUCAGCCCAAGGUCAGAGCAAGAGGUUCUAUCUUCAUAAGGCUGAAGACAAGAAGAAUCUACAAAUAGCACUGACAAAUGAGGACAGGAAGAACUUCAGUAUCAACAAAAUGGACUGGGAGGAUGGAGGGAGCUUCUACUGCAGCUACACAGAGCCCUCCCAGUUUUUCACCUCUUCAGAGACCAGUGACCGUGUGGAGCUGUUUGUACUAGAUCCCAAGUUAUCCAAACCCAACAUCACCCUGGCUCACACUCAGUGGGUUGUCCGGGGUGGAAAUGCCACCAUCAAUUGCCAUAGCCAGCCCUGGGCUGCAAAGUUCCUUUUCGAGAAGACUGGAAAACAAAUGCCUCUUCAAGUCAUAGAGAUUAAUGGGACCAUGGGCACAUUCUUCAUGAAAGAUGCUAACUUGGAGGAUGGAGGGAACUAUAGCUGCAGGUACAGUGCUAAGGAGAAACCUUUUAGCAUCUCAGAGCCCAGUGACUUGGUGACAAUCAAGAUAACAGAUCCUGAUCUACCCAGGCCCAACAUUUCUUUUCAUCCUAGUACAAUGCCACAGCUGGGGGGAAACAUCACCAUUCAGUGCUCUGUCAAUAAUUCAUACAAGGCAUGGUAUCUUUAUAAGGAUGAUGGUAAGAAGGAAUUACAGUCAGUGGAGACAAGUAGCUCUAAUGCUGUGUUCCUCAUCAACAAUGUGAGUGAAGCUGAUGGAGGGAGCUACUAUUGCAAUUAUAGACCCCAAUCAGAGUCCUUCAUCUCGGAAGCAAGUAACACCGUGGACCUUUACCUAGUAGAUCCUAAUUUUUAUAUACCAACAAUUUCCAUGAUUCCUAGCAACUUGGUUGCCUUUGGAGAACAAGUCACUAUCAAGUGUGAAACUGGGAAAGAAGCCAUGAUGUUCUAUCUCCAUAAGGAUGGAGACCCAUCACUAAACUGGACCAUGGAAAGUGAAUUAUAUCAUGGUACAGUGUCCAUUCACAAUGUCAGCUGGGACAACAAAGGGAGCUACAGUUGCAGCUAUGUAGCAGAAAAAAGGCCAAAGGUUUUCUCACUACAGAGUGACCCAAUAGAACUCCUGGUAUCAGGUAUGGUUUCUGACUUGGCUAUCUAACAGUGUGCCUUACUAUAUUAUUUGCUUUAACAGGUUCCUAUCCAACUAAGCCAUACUCAGAGUAGGGCCCUAGAAAUCAAUGGACCUAAGGUGAAUCUCUUGAUUUCAAUGGAUCUACGCUGAGUAUUACUUAG